AAGUUCCAUCUCGUAUCAGUGCCCCGAGCAGAGCAGUGUGUCAGUGUGCGAGGGAGGCGAGGUGGCGCCGCCCUCGGGACUUCCCCAGGAAGCCAGCCACUGAAACCACUGCGGCUCGAGUUCUGCCUUGAAUUGUACUUUGCAAGAGAAGUAGCGAGGAAGUAAUGCUAAAAAGCUUGCUGUGGCAGUGGACCUAUCUGAUUAACAAAAUGAAACCUGCAAAGCUGCACUGUUGGAUUCUGGGUUGGUUUUCUGUGGCACUAUGUUGUUGGUGUACUUCAGAUAAAUUCACUCAAAGUGACAACCACCCUCAUACCUGGAAAAAGCUUUAUCUUGCUCAUCAUUGGCCAGUGACUGUAUGUAAGGCUUUGGCUGAUCUUGAUGCAACUCUUGCUACUUCCCCUGCACCCCAGAGCAACUCUAAACAGGACAAGGUUGUGGUGCAUUACAGAUACAGUAACCGUAAGAAGACUUGCCUGCCUUGUUUGACUGAAGACAACAGACCAGUACAUGAACUGUCUGCUGCACAAUAA